AAUAAUAAUAAUAGCCAAACUCACCUCGUGCUUAGUGCAUACAUAUCACUAAAAUUAGAAUUAAUGCGUUUCUGACCCAAUGCACUUUUUUAGGAGUCUUUGGUCGGCUAAACACGCAAGGACUGAUUCUCAUUUGCUUCACAACCUCUAUAUGACGAUGGUGCAAGAAGGGGAAGCUGAAGUGCCAAAAGACCUGAGCACUAUUAGGAGAAAAUGCAAGUUUGUUGUUCCCAUUAAAAACCGUCCAUGUCGCAUGCUGGCCUUGGAUGGAGAAGUCUUUUGUGGUGAACAUAUAGUGCUUGACACUGAGUAUUUAUCACAGAAAGAAGUUCCAGAGGAUCGUCUCCGCAUCAAGUGUCCCUUGGACCCUCGACACACCUGCUACCUGAAGAAGCUCCAGAAGCAUCUGAAGGUGUGUAACGCCCGCGAGAAGGAGCGGCCGCCGUAUUACGUGCGAGACAUCAACGCCGGCGACGGGUCGGCCGGGCCGGGCGGUCCGACCAUCCACGAGCUCUCCGACCGGGCGCUGCUCGACCUGCUCGACAAGAUCAGCGCCCUCCACAGCGAGCACGUCUCGCCGCCGGAGGUGGCCGAGGAGGCGGCGCACGAGGCGCUCUCGGAGAGCCUGCUGAACCCGGCCUUCGGCGCGGACACGCUCAAACACCUGCGCCAGAACUCGUCGCUGUUGGCCGUGUUGCGGGACGCCGGCCUGCUGCAGCGCCAGGACGCCACAUUCGUCGACCUCGGCUCCGGAAAAGCCCAGCUGUCGUUCUGGCUGGCGCGGGCCGUCAGCAGCCGCUCCCAGAUUGUGCUGGUCGACUUUGCCUCCCACCGGCACAAGGCCGAGAAUAAGCUGAAGGACGUUCCGGACGCCCCCGAGGUGCAGCGGCUCAAACUGGAUAUCCGCCACCUGAGCCUGGCCGGCUGCGAGGCGUGCCGCGGCCGGCCCGUGGUCACCAUCGGCAAACACCUCUGCGGCGCCGCCACCGACCUGGGCAUCCGGGCGGCCACCGUGACUCCCAGUGACGUCCUCCGUCGGACGCCGGCGGGCCUGGGGCAGGACGGAGCAGCGGCCCCUGGCGGCACCCAGACCGGGCCCGCGGCGGACCAGACCGGACCACAGACCGGGGACCAGAGCGGAGCGCCGGCCGCGGACCGGACCGAUGAGUCGGGAGAGCCGACCUCCGCCGACGUGCGCGGCAUCAUGAUCGCCGUGUGCUGCCACCACCGGGUCGACUGGCCCAGCUACGUGGGCAAACAGUUCCUCCAGGACGUGUGUGGGUUCUCGGCGGCCGAUUUCGCCGCGCUGAAGGGCGUGGCCGCCUGGGCCACGUGCGGCACGCCUGGCUGGGACCCCGAGCGACCCAGCAACCGCCGGGGACAGCACGAGGCGCCGCGCAAACGGCGCUACAAGCCCGCCGAGCCGGCCGACAAGAGGCCGCGGCUGGAAGGCGCCGCGCCGGGGGCGGGGCCGGCCGGCCAGCCGGGACAGGGGUCCAGCGACCAGUCUGAAUCGGCACCCGCCGACCAGUCUGAAUCGGCAGCCGCCGACCAGUCUGAAUCGGCACCUACCGACCAGACAGAGCCGAGUACUACCGACCCGCCGGGGCCGCAGCCAACCGACCAGCCCGGAGCGGAGGACGGCGGCGAGAGGCCCUCCGUCCAGCCGGGGCCUGAGCCGGCCAACGGACCGGGACCUGAGGCCGGCGACCAGCCGGGGCCCGGCUCUCGGGACGCCAGCGCCGGCCGGUACCAGCGGCUCGGUCUCAGUCCGGAGCGGCGCACUGCCGUCGGCUUCCAGUGCAAGCGUCUGCUGGACGAGGGCCGUCGCCGCUACCUGGAGAGCCGCGGCUUCUGUGCGCGCCUGGUGCGUUACGUGCCGCCGGCCGUCUCGCCGGAGAACGUGCUGCUGCUGGCCACGCGGUGACGGAGGCGGACGGCGGACCGCGGAACAGUGGCGGACGGCCGACGGUGGGUGCCACACACGGGGAGCGGCUGAUUGUUGACCAUUGAGGACCGGUCCUUAAACACCGCCGGGUGUCAUUGUGUGUUUCAAGACAAGUGUUUUGGUUAGGCUGCAAUGCAUCUGGUUCACUGUUCAUAAUUGCAGUUUGACAGCGCUUGUGAUGUGCAAUGGUGGUAUUUUUUGGAGGGUGGUGUGCUUCUCCACUGGUUUUAGGAGUGACGGUGGGUUAAUAAGUCAUUGUUAUGAGCAGUAUUUGUUCCAUACUGCACGUUGAGCGGGUGGAGAUGGAUGUAUUGCUGACUCUCCCUUCGAUAUCCAUACAAACUCAUCAUAUAUUUGAACCAAUCGGGUAUAUUAUUGACUAUGUUUGAAAAGUAAUGAUACAUACAUUCGGAGAUAUUUUAAUGAUAAAAUAUUGUUUUUUUUUUUUACUUUAAAAUGAUAUUGCUGAAAGACAGACAACUCAAAUACAAAUUUGAUCAUAACUAUGGAAA